AGAGCCAGCGUGCCGUGUGUGGUGCUGCUGGCUGAGCUAGAGGGAUCAAGCCAGACACAAUCCAUUGAGAGAGGGAACAGUCCAGAGCAGGUCCAGGAAGAAUUCUGCAUGCAGAAUAAAACACACACUCUCUGACAGAUCAGCUUCUCAAACACACACUCUCAGUUAUAGAGCUUUAAUCCCUAUAACGCGUCUCACAGCGGAGCGUCUGUUCACAGCUGAGUGUGCGCUGCAGAGUGGAGCCAACUCCAGGAAAGAACCAUCUGAGGAACAUCUCCAACAUUUCUCUGCAGCCGGACUCUCUGUGGCACCAUGUCUUGUCUCAGCGCGCUCCCUGUCUACUUUAUGCUGCUCCUGAACCCGGUCCUGACCCAAACCUUCUCCGAGGACAUAGAUGUUCUGGUGUUUCUGCCUCAGAAUAACUCCUACCUUUUUUCUCACGCACGAGUCGCGCCGGCGAUCCUUUACGCACAGCAGAGACUGGAGGCAGACGGAGGAGCGUACUCCGGGUUUCACUUCAACAUCCAGUUUGAGAACUCGGACUGUAUGAAUGAUGCUCUGUACAACCUGGUGGACCGGUCGUGCGGGAAGAAGCCGAACCUGAUCCUGGGUCCGGUGUGUGAGUACGAGGCGGCCGCAGUGGUCAGGCUGGCGUCCCACUGGAACAUCCCGGUGGUCUCAGCAGGUGCCCUGGCCGCCGGCUUCAGCAACAAGAACUCCGAGUACUCCCAUCUGACCCGGAUCGCCCCGUCCUACGUGAAGAUGGCAGAGACGUUCAGCGCGAUGUUCGAGCACUUCACGUGGAAGAGUGCGCUGCUGCUGUUCGAGGACGACAAGGAGGAGCGCAACUGCUAUUUCACCCUGGAGGGGGUCUACCACCUGAUGGUGGACUUAAACAUUAAGAGUUAUGCUUUCUCCAGAGAGGUACCACUGGACACCGAGGACAUCCUGCACAGCAUCGAGGAGACAGAAGGUAAAACAAAAAAAAGUUUCUGAUUUCCAAAUGAGUUGAAAAGUGUAUGAAAUGGUUUAUGAAGUGAGUUGGACCAAGUGCUGAUCCAAAACCGCUCUACCUAGACUGUUUCUAGUAAUCUAUCUGUCUCAUUGUGAGAUCUGUCAGAUCAAGUUAGCCGGAAUAAAUCUCAAUUUAAAAACGAUAUGAAAUCAACAAAUCUUGAAAUUUCACUCUAACGAUAAAAGUCUCAAAUUUCUUAAUAAGUUGAAGAAGUUGGUCCAGAUCUGACAAGUUUAGGUAUUGUAGUUCAUUGAAAGGAAUUGGGACCUUGUCUGAUACGGUCUAGGGGUGGGAAAAACUGUGAAAUCACCCUUUUAUUUAUGUCUUAAAGUUAGAAUAAAGUUUUCAAUACUUUGUAAUUUUGUUUUAAGGAGUCUUUCCAUGCUCAGGAAUCAUCUUCUUCAGAUUAAUAAAGUCUAGGCCAGGUGGUCCCGGAUCAGGACCUCCUCCAGUGUGGUCUAGACAGAUAACAAAAAAGUAACACAUUUUUUUUUUUUUUUUUUUUUUUUUACGUUCUCACACAUAAAAUGAAGUUUUCACCAACCAAAAGCUGUUUCUAAGGGUCUGGAGUAGUGUUGUUUUCCACGACGAAGACGUGACGUUGACGAGUUAAACAUAAGUCUUCUUAGAUGACUAAAAUGUGACAAGACGAAUGUGCGUUUAUGUUGACGAGAUGAGACUAGAUAAAAGCGUAAGUUGUGGACGACGAACAGAGUUGCAAAAUUCAUGAGCAUUUCAUCAGUCAAAUGCUAAACAUAUAUUCUGCAGUGUUGUUCUCGUUGACGAUGACGUUGACGAACUAUUUUCAUCAACAUCAUCGUCAAUGAAAACAACACUGGUCUGGAGGAUCGCUAGUAUAAUUCAUCCAGAUCUGAGGAGCCAAUGUACACUGGUUAUGGUACAGCACUUGUUUUAUGUGGUCCAGACGGAAAAAAAAAAAAAACAGCGAAAUUGCCUAAUUAUGGUAAAAUAAAGGUUUUGAGAUCUAAAAUUGUGUCUGAAAGAGUCUUCAAACUUUCCAGUAUAAUUACAUCUGGAUCAGAAGACUAGGUGUUAUGGUUCUGAGUCAUUCUGGUCCAAAUUUUUAUCACUGGACAAAAAACUGAUGGGUGCCUGUCCAGCAGCAAACUUCCCCUCACUUGCUUAAGCCCAGAUCUGAACUUGAGACCACAACACCCACACUGGACAGACAAAAUUGUGAACAUUUUUUACAAGUUUCACAAAAGAUAUUUUAGGAAACCUGCAGACUGUUUUAGAUGAUCCAGUCCAGGUGUUUUUGGAUCAGAACCCUGAUUCUAUUACCUUCCUUGCUACAAUUUAACGGCUAAAUUGUAAGUGGUAAAAAAGAUGCUAACUACAGUUCUCAUUAGAGCUGAACAUGAAGCAGAAAUCUUAAUCAGCUACAGGUUUUUCUGACCAACUAUGGAAGUGUUUGGGAUAUAUCAAAGGCAAAUAUUUCCUGGACACUGGGUUUAGACUACAGCAAACAUUUUUCACAUUAUUUAAGUCAAUUUUGAUUGAUUAGUCUGACUAAUAUUUUCUGUUUAGUGUUGAGUCUAGAAAGUGUUAGUAACAGGUAAAAAAUGCCCUCACAUUCCUGAACUGUUUGACAACUGUAAAUUGUCAUGUUGUCAGACAAAGACAAACGGAAAAUCCUCACAAAUAAGUUUAGGUUUUACAUUUUUCCAUGAACGUCUUACUCACGCACUCAUGUUUAGUCUCAAUAAAAGAGUUUUCAUUCAUGUGGUUCUUAUGCUAAAGCUCAGUGCACUAAAACCUUCAAAGUUAAACCCUACUGAGCACCAGAUCAUCUGGGUUUGUGAUUUGAGCUCCUCAGCAGCUCAUCAUUGUGAUAUGGCUGAAAAAACAGUAUUACUGGAGCAGUAAACAGACUGCAGUGUCUCUGCGUGUCCCUGCCCACGUUUUUUUGGUUUUGCACAGACAUUUUUCUCAAGCUUCUACAUUUCUUCUGCAUUUCUCAAGUUAAUUUUCCAAUAACAGUGCUCAAAACCAAAACAAAAGCAUGUUUGCAGUAAGUUAAAUAAAGCUGUAACUCUCCUGCAGCUCUUUAACAAAAACACCUACUUCCUAUUUGGUGUGACAUCCAGCCUACCUGACGUAAAGCAGCAGAUCCUGUCGGUAUGAUAAGAUUCAGAAUGACUGACUGACACAUGUACAGACAAAUCAGUGUUGAACCUUGACCUGUGGUGCAUUAGGGAUGUUUAAAAUGGCAACAUCUGAUCUUAUUCUCUACACAGGAAAUGUUUUUUCAAAUGAUGGGAAAAUGUCCCUGAUAAAAAUGUAUCUUUACCAAAGUCAGUAUUUGUUAUCUAUCUAUCUAUCUAUCUAUCUAUCUAUCUAUCUGUCUAUCUGUCUAUCUAUCUAUCUAUCUAUCUAUCUAUCUAUCUAUCUAUCUAUCUAUCUAUCUGUCUAUCUAUUUAAUGACAGUGUUUGGCUUUCAAAAAGUACAUCACAUGUAAACAGGUGCAGAUCAACCUUUUCUAACUGCUUCAAACACACAGUUGUCCGUGUUAUGUGAUCGCACACAUUAUCGCUCUGAUUGAGACCCGCCUCCAUGGAUAGACGUGCUUAUCAGGCAGCUUACAGGCCAUUUUGUCACAUGGAUAUCAGCGUGGCUGUUUAAUUAGCCAUGCUGACUUUGUGAAGACUUACCUGUUCACUUUCUGGAAAACCUAUCACCUGAAACAAAAGUCGUCUUUUCUGAUUCUCGUCUUCUCUGCUCAACCUUUCUUUUCCUCCUUUUUACCAUUGCACCUGGUGAUAAUUCUGUCUUACGUCAAGUGAAAGGCCUUGAGUAGACAGCUGUGUGUCAGGAGGGGACACUGCGACACUACAAACUGGUACUGCACCACUGAGGAGAAGACAAGCCCAAACUUUCAAAGACAUCUGAUCAGGAUGCACAUGCCAGAGAGAGGCUUAAGUUAAGCUAAUUAAAGUUAGGGUAGGCAAGAUUGAAGUACACAUCAAUUUAGGGGGGAAAUUUUGAUGUAAACACGACCCUCCCCACCGGCUUUCCCAUCAGCUCCUCCUCUCCCCUCCCUCUCUGCUCCAGCGAGCCCCGCCCACGAACAGAUGCUUGUGCUCACUCGUAUCGUUUUGAUUUACCGGCAAUUUACCAGCAGACUACCUAAGGACUUAGACCAUGUCCGAUUCUGAGGUAAGACGAUUUUCAAUGAUACUAAAGUUGACUUUUUAGUCACUAGCUGAGCUAGUGAGUGUUAUCUCUUUCUACAGACAUUAGAGUUAGCAGCUAGCUUUCCUGCAUACAGACUUACAAAAGCUGACUGUCGCAAAUUAUAAAUAAUGUAACUUUCUCUUGUUAGGAAGAUAGUCCUUACUGUGAGGAUGAAUAUACUCCAGGUCCUAAAGGCAGGCCAUCAAAAGCCGCAUAGCUGGUCGGGACCGUGGCAGAGGCAGAGACCGGGGAGAGGUCAGCGAAGAGGAGGAUCUUACCCGUGCCGAGAGCAUCAAGCUCAGAGACUGGCAAAUGAUCAGGUAUGCAUGACAUAUGUGAUAGUUGUACAGGAAUAAAAUGAGGUAAACCAUUUAUAAAUAUAAGUUUGUAAUGAGAUUUCUGAUUUUCCAUUCCCAGGCCUUGGUAGAAGGGUCUGGAACAACACUGGAGCUACUGCAGACAGCCCUGACCCUGAAGAAGACAACAAGCAGCCCUGGUUUGCCACAUAUAGACAGUUUAUGAUCUAGUAGUAUGAAACACAGGGACGUGGAGCAGUGAUUACCAGUUCUUGUGUUUGGAACAUAUUGUUGCUUUUUUGAAAUGUUAUUUAUCUAUAUUUAAAUGCUGUUUAAACAUACCUUUUUUACAUUAUACUAUUGUUAUUUAUUAUAAAAGUGUUUUCAAAUAAAUCAGAAAAGUUAUACAUGUGUUUGAUUACCAAUCACAUCAGCAAACAAUGAACAAUUUUUGUCCCACAGAGUCAGCAAGUUUAACGGUGCAUACAAGAUAAUACAUUAGAUAAAAGAUAACAAAUUUAUUGGUUAAGUAAUAUCCAAAGUGUAUGUCCUCUUGGUCAGAUGGUCAUAAACAACUCAACCUCUGGGCCCAAGUUGUUUGGUUAGUUUAACUUCUGAUAAAUGAAUUGUGAGCACACAAUCGCAGAUUAAAUGAGUGCAUCUCCGCACUAAGGGGAUAACGUACAGUUACACAAGACAUGGAGCUCUGUUACCUCAUUUAUGACCUCUGCAGACACACUGACAUGAUCAGGCAGAAUCUAAAUUCAUAAAAGACAUUUUCCUCACAUCCAAAAGGUCCCAUACUGUCAGUCCAGGUUCACACAGUAAAGAGUUUGGGGUCAAUCAGCAGAUCUCCCUCUAUUGUUGUGGACUCAACUUUGAUUCUUCUCUUGUGACUCAGACUUGGUCUUGAACACUAAAGACUUAAAACUCAACUUGUAAUCAAGGUUUGAUGAUUUGACCGCAAAUCAUGUGUCAUAUUCUGAUAUAGAAGACAUUAGCUGCUGUUCACUGAUUUAUAAAGAUGUUUCAAACAAUCUGCAGCACAGCAGCUUCCUCCCUCUGUGCUCGGGGCUGCAGCAGGAGCCCACAGUGAGGAGAAACUGGUGAUGAGCAUGUGUGUUUUGAUUUGUCCUCACUGCACCCGCAGCCUUCAUCACUCACACACACUUGCAUAACGUGCAGCGCGCCGCUGGCACGGAAUAUUAUCUCAUGGCUGCAGACGGCACGGAUGAGCCACAUGGGUUAGUUUAGCUGGAAACUGUUUAGAAGAGUUUGGAAUUGGCAGAAAAAAUGAGACACCUUCUCUCCACAUGUGGCCUGAAGCGUGAUCGCAGCUCCCUGAGUCGUAUCGUUGAGACUGUCACUGUGUUACCCUGCAUUGUUUACACCACAGAUGGUCCCGCUCACACGAGAGAAAGUGUGAAACUGUUGUGCAUUAAGAUAAAUUAUUAGAGGGAAGAAAGGAAGCUAGUUUAAAACUCUGUGAGAUUCAUGGGAAUGGAAAAAGGAUGCCACAUACGCAUGUCAAUCAAAGCAAACGUCAAAUCACCAGUGACAACCUCCUCCCUGUACAUAAAGUGAAUAAGUAACAUUAGUCAGGCUUUUUAUUCAAACCCAACCCAACCCCGAUCCCAAAGAAGCUAUACUCUGAGUAAAAUGCAAAACAGCCUUUAAUGGUCUGUAAGUCACAUAAAGCCUUUAUGUGAUUUAGACAACGUAUCAGAUGAUUAAACUUAAAAGUGUUGCUGUUUUAUGAAAAAAAUCAUUUUAAAUUUGAUGCAAGCAAUAAGUUCCAGGAAAGUUAAGACAGGGGCGCGGUUUUGUUGCAUCAGUUCCUCUUUUCACAACACAUAAACAAAAGUUUAGCACCAGGAUUUUUCUACUACAGAGCCAUGCUGUUAUAGUAACAUGUGCAGACUAUAGUUUGGCAUCGUUUUGCUGAGAUAUGUGAGGUCCUCCCUUGAAAAAAGGCAAUGUCUUGAUGUGUUGCUCCAAAACCUUUAUUUAAACCCUUAUAGAUGUGAAGGCCACCCAUGUCAUGGACAUUAAUGCAUCACCACACCAUCACGGAUGCUGGCUUUUAGUGUAUGUGCCCCUCUCAUGUAUAGAGAGGAGGACACAACAUCCAUGAUUUCCAAAGAGAAUGUCAAAUUUUGAUUUGUCAGACCAAAAAUGGUUUCCACUCUUCCUCGGUUUACCUUAAAGGGAUAUUCCAGCGUAAAAUUAAUUUAGGGUCAAACACAUUAUAACACCGAGUUAAAAACCUGGUUGAGAGAUGAAUGUUGCCGACCGCUUGCUUCUCUAGUUAUACCAACUUGAGUAACGACCGCAGAUAGCAAUACACAGAGCCACGCACUCAACCAAAACGUCACUCUAUAGCCACAAAUAAUGCUCAGAACAGCACCAACUUCAUCAACAGUACAUAUAGGGUCCUAGCCAUAGCACUAGCCACCAAACAUCUUUUUUACUUUGCCUGAUUUCUUUAGCAAAGAGACUAAACACAACUCACCUACUCUCUUCCAGUAGCCGCUUGUUUGUACAGAGACCUCCAGGCGAGUCCAUCGACUGCAGCGGGGUGACGCAGCUCAAGGAAGAACAUUUAUGAUCAUUUCUUUAUCAUUUCUUUGGGCUAAUAAUCAUCAUAUUAAUCAUUUUGCACAGCAGACUCGGUAGUUCUUCUGCCUUGGCGUCUCGGUCUGAUUGCAUUUCCAUGAAGAAAUGAUCAUAAAUGUUCCUCCUUGAGCUGCAACGGCUCAGCUCAGUGAGGUCACGUUUAUAGGCAUAUAUGGUUUCCAUGUUGCAUGGUACAGUUUUAACCUCCUCGUGUGGUGCAUAGACAACAGUUUUUGGACGUAGUUCGGAGCUCAUGCAGUGAUUUCCACUACAGAGUCAUGCAGCAAUGCAUUGCCGACUGAGGAUCCAAGGUUCAGGUCUGUUUUACUGAUACAUGGUUUUGUGUCUUCUCUCCAGAACUCCCAGAAGUCUUUACAAUUAAUACUGAAGCACAUUAUCCUAAAGCUGUUGAACUACUUGCUCACACAGUCUCUCACAGACAGAUGUACUUCUUCCCAUAUUUACUUCUAAAAGAUCUCAGCCACUAGUCUGGAAUGCCCUUUAGUGCCCUUUUAUUAACAUUACACAACUUUUUCAGUGUUUUUAAAUCCCAAAUGUUUUCAGGAUGCCGUUAAAAGAAGAUGUGAUGUAACACAGUAGGAACACCGCCCUGACUCUUUGGAAACCUGUUUCUGACAUCAAAUUUAAAACGGCAUAAAUCUCUGGCUGGGUUAACAGCUUUUUUUCUGUUGUGGUCUUUAACUGCCAGCAUGUGUCAGUCAGUCAUUGCUUUUGGUUCAGACUUGAACGGAUUUUUUCAAAUGUGCACUGUUUCUGAAACUGCAGCAUGUUUCUCCUAAUAUAUAUAUAAUUGUCAAACACUGUGAUUUUCAUAAAACACAAAGAUAUACACAAAGAAAACAUAGAUUACAGAAAAGACUUGGAUCAGGAUGGCUUUCUUUAAUGCUGUGUGCACAAAAUCAAGUCUGAUUAGCAGCUUGUUUGCUUCCACUCUUUGGUCGAAGCAGCUGCUGAUUACAUCACUUCAUAUCAGAGAAGUGUCGUGCUCCUGUAUAAAUUAGCAUAUAUUACACAAUCUAAAUGCUGCAGAGCUGCUAAGUGCACCUGACAACAGGAAUUAGUAUUCUCUGCAUGUCAGGUACUUAACUCAGAGGAUUGAAGGCUUUCUAUUAAACCUGUGCAGAGAGAGGGUGGGGCAGCAUUUGCUCACUUUAGCACUUGAUUUUUCUCUUUAUAUUUUGUACAUUUUUCUGUUUAGAACAUGAAUAUAUUGAGCUUGUUUAAUACCCUCAAUUCACAUUAAAAUCACCAGAGUGGUCAUGCAUUUUCCUUCCAUCAGACAGGCCUCAGUGUCCUGCACUCAACUAUGCUGCAACUGCUGCCAAUCAAACCGUCUUAUUUACAGACUCAACACCACAAAUCUGUUCCUCUCACAUAAAAACACCGCAAAUACUGAUUGUAAAUCACAACACGGAGCAUUUGUUGCAAACAUGUUUCUUAUUGGCAUUCAUAUCAACAUCCUGCCGAUGCAAAAUGAUAAAUAGUCAGUAUUCGUCAACAGCAAACAUGACAUAUGGUCACACUGAACAGUUUAAGCUUCUCUGUUGAGUCUCUGACAGCAACAACAUCCCACACACAUCGCUGUUUUAUUUUUAAUCACUUUUAUAAUUUAUUUAUUCCCCAGCCGUUGUGAGCUCAAACAGCAUGCUGUUUUGGUUAAGCUUGUCUUUGAACAGCUGCUGUUCUACACACAUCUUGUUGUUGGUUAGAUUCAUUAGAUCAAUUAGAUCUGGAUAAUUUUCCAGAUAUAUGAAGGUAUCACUUGAUUAGAGAUUUACAGGUGUAUCUGGUUUGCAGGAGUGAAGCUGGGCCUCAGUCAGGUAAACACUUUUAGGUGAUGAUUUCUGCACAAGCGCUUUUAGAUUUGUGCUUUUUAUACUCUUUUGCAGAAGUAAAAUAUCCCUGCAGUACUUGAAGGUAUCACCUGAGCUAAGCAUUUGGGUGAUAAACCGAAAUCAAAGAAAUCAGCUUCAGGGGUGGAAACUGACUGCAGGUCAGUCAAUAUUAGAGAAAAUUCAGGUGCAAGGGGCGUCCUCAGGUUGGUUGCAAUUAGUUACAUGUCUGACCUUGGCACAUUGAGGAUUUACACGAAAUACAAAAAGGGACCAAACUGCUAUUGCUGAAAAGUGCAAAUGCUCUCCCAGUAACCAGGGAUUGCUGGACGUCAGUGAGUGAUCAAAUUGAUCUAAAAAUAACUGUCCACCACAUUAUCAGUGAUUGAACAUUUUGUACAGGCAUCGUUGCAUAUUCCUCAGUGAGUAACUGUGAUAUCCUUGAAAUAAUCAAAAUUAAAGCCUAUUUUUUGACAGGACAAGCACUCUGAAGUUGUCGCUUACCUUUCAGUCAGUUUCAAUAGAAAAAGAUUUGGUUGAGCACUCAAAAUUGGACAUUUUCUACAAUAAAGCUUUAAAAGGAAAAAGAGAAUAUAUGUCCUAUAAUUGUUUGGGACAGUUAAGAUAAUGGAUGUGAGCUGCAAGUCACAAACAAAAACUAAUUCUGUUUGUUUGACACCUGAGCUAUCUGUGCAAGCCAAUUUGUUUUCACAUGUCAUCAUAAGGUGACUUCAGUGUUUCAUUUCAGACACCUGAAAUGUUAAUGUUCCUUAUUUUUUUCAUAAGGUUUUCCCUCAACCAGAUCUUCAAUUACUCCUAUGCCAGCCUCCUUCUUUAUUGCCAUUUAUCUCAUUCUCAUUGAAGCAGUGUCUCAGGAAAGCCUUGCUAACAUCCGCUCUGACUGAAAAACGCACUGAAUAGAAUUUGGUGGUCACUGCGACCUGACAAAGCUGCAGUGUAUUCACAAUAGAGAGGCUGAAUGUCUUUGAGUAAAAGUCUGCAGAGUGUGUGCAGCUUGUAGUUCAGGUAAAUUGCUGUUGUGCAGAACAAAAUUGAUGGUUGCCUUGUCUCUGCAAACUGUGGACAGUUUUAUCGAGGACGUUUACAUUUGAACUCAGGACUCAGUUCAGGAUUAUCGCUCUGAUUAUAUCUAAUUCCUUUUGUUUAGCUUGCCACAUUACUUUUUAAAGGUGGUGUGAAUAUCAGGUGAUCAUAAUAUCAGUAUUCCUAUACUUCCAUUGAUCCACACCAGGGGAAAGUUGUGGAAUUGCAAAUAUUUGACAUGUUCAGUGGAUAUCCUGUUGUGAACUCUAAGGACAGCCGUACAUGCACACUGGAGCGCUGAUUGAAACAAUCAGGAAGCGAGCUGACUAAAGAAGGAAGCACAAUAAACACAGACGAUGGCGAUAACAGCAAGAAUGAAACAUGAAGUUAAGUGGAUGUCAGAAAUAGAGGACCAACUUGCUGAUUUGAACAUGCUCUGUAAAACAUAUUACAAUCACACAGAUGAAGAGAGGAGCUGGACAGAAAUUAUGACCACAAUGGAAGAACCAUGGAGGCGUGGUAACCAUCUACUCUUCCACCAUGUUUAUUUCCCCUAAAGGUACAUUUGACUGUGAGGGAUGUUGUUAGAUUUCUAGUUUAGAGGAUGAGGACUCUGGUAGUUGGUGAAUGAAUCUGUUGAUGGCCCUACUGUUGUUCUGUGCUCUUUGUGUGCCAGCUCCAACUGGUCCAUGAUUUAUGGCACCAAAGUCAUUAAACCUUAUGGAAGCCCAAAGCAGAGUCUCCAUUUUCAUUCAACAGCACAGUGUAAACAAUCUUUGAUUUGGUUUUAAGAUAUACUUCACUGAAUCAAAGUGGAACUUGUGACUCUUAACCCCUCACUGAUAGCUUGUGCUGCAUUAUCUGAGCUCCCUCUUGAAGUAGAAGACGUUCGCCUCUGACAUCUUAACAUCUAUAUCUACUCUAAUAAAGCAUAUCUCCUCCCCCAGGAAUCCAGAGGAUGGGCACAUGAGGCUUUGCUGGUAGAAAAUGUCACACAGUACUUUUCAUUGUUCUGUGGCAGUUUGAUCAGUGGGCGAGUGGACUCUUCAGUCUGACUGGCUUGUUUGUUAUCAGUGGCCAACUCUGCUUGUGGUUAUCAUGCCAUGAUUGAAAGUCUAUGACAUAUUCUGCGCCACAUUUCAGCGCACUUAUCACGCAUUAAAAGACCAGUGUUAUCUAAUAAACACUUAAGCUGUUACAGUUGAUUUUUCAUCAGUGGCAGAAAACAUCGGGUCUGGAGAAGUGUUUUGAGGAAUGUGUGGACAGUUGCUGCCUGGUGCCUGGUGCACAAAUGUGCAUUUGGAAUUUUUCAUGCCAAUUCAUAGUCAUGAGAAAGUUAUGUGCACCACAGCUUGGUCAUUUUUUAAGCUUUCUUUGUCUCGACGAAAAGUUUUCCAUUCACAAAUCAACAGUUCAACAAACAACAAUUGCCAUGCAAGAAAACAGACAUAACAGAGCUUUGAAAACCUCUUCCUUUGAAUGUGUUUGUCAUAAUCAGAAGUUUUGUGGAACUGUAACUCAGUUUACAUGGGGGCGUAAGGCUGCAUGUGGAUGAUGGAUUUCUGUUGGCAGUCCACCAAACAUAAUAUGUGGAUGGGAACAUGUUAAAAAAUAAGGCUAACAGAGAUCAUCCUAAAACUGCAGUUCCGGAAAUCUCCACUGGAGGAUUUCUCCUACGGUGAGUCGGUCCCCAUAGAACCCCAUGUUAAAAAGAGCAACUUUACAGGAGGAAUUAGCAUGUUUAUGGCCUGCUACAAAAAACAGUAUUGGUCUCUAUCCAAAUUUUCCCAAAGUCCAAAUUCAGUAAAUGAUCCUGCUUCAGAAAUCUUCAAUGACAUAGACAACGUGCUGUUAAUAUAAUAUUUAAAUAAUAACAAUUUAAUGUAUCCAUCAGCCACUUCAUUAUAUGAUUUCCACCAGACACUGUCCUUUUGUAAUCAGUUAUUCUGAUGCAUGCAUCAGAUAUAGCUUGAUGGUUGCAUGAUUAGGCAUGAACUAAGUAUUUGGCAGUGUGAUCCAGUAAGAAAUAUUCAAAUAUCUUCUGCCUGAUGCCCCCUGAUUUUAAGCACACUGAACAUUUAGAUAUUCAGUGUAUAAAAGAUGUUGUCUGACUCUGGGUUUUGAUGAUUCUUCGAUAACUUUAAAAAACUUCUAAAAAAGACAGGGAGUAAUGGAAAGCAAAGGGGCAUGCCCUUACACACAGAAGUGUGUAGGAGGAGACUUUGUUGCAUCCUUGCAGCAAGUGAUUGAUCCUAAGGUGGACCCUUUAAUUUGAAAUGUUCCCAUCUUAUGCUGCCAUUGUCCGUAUGCAAAUUGUCAUGGUUUGCUGGCUCUCCUUCUGUAAUGCUGCGACAUUGCAAAAGGUCUGCUAUUGUUUCUCCCCUUUUCUCUUGUGGUCACUUUGAAUGACAGGUGGUUAUCAGAUCUGUUCGACAGCUUCAGCGCUAAAUCAGACAUUGGGCUGCAAAAAUCCUCUGAGCAUCAGCUGUGUUGUCGGUCUCAGUGCUCUCAUUUUGAGAACAGUAAAACUUUUCAUUUACCUCAUGUUGUUGAGGUGAAAGUUUUGUACCUGACUGGGUUCUCCCAUGUUUGUUGGACAUAUAGUUGAGUUAAACUUUACUGCUGCUGGUGAAACUCUAAACAUAAGACAUAAGCUGUGAUAAAGCAGGUCUAUUGGAGUUCAAAAGCCAUUUUUCACUCCUCAGACUUCAUCUGGUUCUCUGUCCGUUGUCUAAUCUCCAAACAGAUUUCCGAAAACACGUUGUCAACUUUGUCCCACAGGUCUGGCAGAUGCUGCCUAAGGCUGUGCCUUUAUAAUUGAAUUACAGGUAGUCCUGUGGCUCAGACAAACACCCUGAUGUAAUACUGCUGAUUCAGUGAGAGGUGCUCUCAGAGGACACAAUUACUUUUUAUUAAAAUCUGAAGCCUUUGUUCAAGGUGGAGAAAAUACCAACAAACACUGCUACUUAUACCGUACUUUUUCGCACUAUAAGGCAUAUCGGAUUAUAAGGCGCAUUAAGCCAAACAAAACAGAUAAGUCGAACUUUAUUCAACUCAUCCAAUAACUCUGCAAAGCUACAGUAGCUACAGUGCUCUAACAAGCCAUCAGGCUGUGCAGCUUUGUAGCUUACCGAAGUCGUAAUAAAACAUUUUGACAGAUUUUUUAGCGUUGUGUACCACAUAAAAUCGGUUCGAUGUCAGUAAGCUCAACCAGAAUUCAAACAUAAGGCACAACUGAUUAUGAGGCGCACUAAGGAUUUUUGAGAAAAUUAAAGGAUCUUAAGUGCGCCUUAUAAUGUGAAAAAUACGGUACUUACAGCUCCUGUGAGAAACUCUCAGUCUGAAUCAGUUUUUCAAACAGCUCUUGAUUAUCUUGUCCUCUAAAGGCUAAACUAGUAACCUCUGAUAAAAGUCUCACCCUGCUGACUCUUGACAGUCAAAUGUCUCAUUAACUGAGAAUAUUUUUUGUAGAUAUUGUUGCUCAUUGUCGUGUUUUCUUUCCUGGAUCAUAAAAAGGCCACUCACCGUUUUCAUGCUCAUGUCUAAUAUUUCAGGAUGUAUUAACAGCCUUAAAGAGACACAUUUUAAAGCAUAUUAGCGGAUUACCUCUCAGUGUGUUCACAUUUUUAGAUGACAUUACUUAUAACCCGUCCUUGCACCCUCGUCUCCUCCUUUCUCCUCAUUUCGCACUCAUCAGUAUGCUGCAGAUUUCUGUACCAUUAGCUGCACAAUAUUACAACAUGUUACAACCUCUUAGAGGGAAAAUGAAGCUCCUCUCAUUUGAUUGGUCCGUUUCUGAUGCUUAUCCUCCUGAGACAUGCACUCCCAUCCAGAGUCUGUAUGAAGCCUUUGUGUUUGCAGAGAACUCCCCUUGGGCUGCUGCAUAGGUGUAAGGCUAUGACCCGCUUACUGUACCACCACCAAUGUCUCAGGUUCAGUCUACGAGGGCAGAGACAGGAAUAUUCAACCACAGACAAUCCUGUAAAUAACAAUUAGUCAUAAAUUAUCAGCAGAACAGCAGUCUUGUAGUCAGUGUGGUAUCUAAAACUGUCAAAGUUCCAGCUUUCUGCCCCCUUACUCUUCUCACUUUACCCUGUUCACCUCUCUGACAGAUGGAUCCAACAACAUAAAUACCUGUUUUCGGAGGAAUGGUGUUGCAGAUUUGCAAAACAGUCCCCCUAAUUUGCAUAUGUUCUAGUUUUACACGUCGGGACACUUUUAAACACACUGUGGGCACUCAGUAAGAGCGCCAUGUGCUGCCCCAUUCCUCAGUUAAUUUGUAACUAGCAUCAGUGCCCUCGCAAAAAGGAAAAUCCAGAAGUUUUGAAAUAUUGCUGGCUGUAAGCGCUGCCCCAUGGAAUGGCUUGCAGAGCAUACACAGGGCCAGUAGUGUGUGUAGAGCCCAGUGUAAUUAAAGGGUGCUAUAGUGCUGGCAGGACUGAGGUGAAGUUUGUCCCACUGACUCAAGGGAUAUUUCAGGAGGUGUGUUUAAGUGACAGAGUUGUGAGGAAUGUUCCAGCAACACUCUGAAUCUUCCUUAUUAACAGGGAUGCCGGGGUUACUGUGAUUUCAAUUGCAACCCUUGUUUGUGUAGCUGCCCUAUUUAUUUUUAAUCACCUGGAUACCAAAGGAAAAGUUAAUAUGAAGCCAGUGAAAGACAUUUUUACAUUUGAUAUUUGUUGGCAAACACGCUCCCUGAAAUGCUAUCAAAGAUUAAAUGUUUAGUUAAAGAUAAAAGUAGAAUAGCACACAGUCUGCUGGAUUUCCAUCACUGCUAACACAGCUGGCAGUGUGUCACCGUGCAGCUCUCUGGAUGGACGGAUAAAAGGAGAAUUCUAACUAUGGAGGAGAUUAGUGCUGAAACUCCAUUCCUCUCCGUCACUGCUCCUUAAACCUUAGAACAAAUACAUGCAAAUAACAGUGAUAAAUGUUGGCAGAAAAGAAACAUUUUGAUUAUAUAAAUUAAAGUUAUAAGCCCCUGGAUAGUGCUGAUAGAAUUAUAAAAACAGAGAUAUUCAGGAUAGUGCAGUAAGAGUUAUAAAUACCUUUAUAUUCUUGAUAGUGUAGUUAGGGUCAUGAACACCUGGAUAUCCUGGAUAGUGCAAUGCAGGUUAUAAAUACCUGGAUUUCCUUUGUAGAGGAGUUAGGUUUGGGGUUUUAUCAUCGUGUCAGUCUGUGCAAGAAACACACAGUAAAUAGUCCAUGUUUCAGUCUUCUUUAAAGUGAGAGAUUCACACCUAUCUUUGCCAUUCAAUGCUGGUAAAUAGCAGGCAAAUAAAUUCAACAACUGUCCUUGAUUCAGUGUACAUGCUUUAGCCAAGAAUUAGUUCUUUACCUUUCAUACAAAGUCUACCAUUUACUUAUAGUACAAAUGUGAUGCAUGCUAUCACUCAGGCUUAUUUCAGUUUCCCUCUCUGCAUCUGUGCUGCUUGACUUUAGGGUUUAAAUCAGGGAUGCAAACUGUGAAGCAUGUACAGAAUGACUUGGCCAGUUUGAGGCUGAAUGAGGGGUAUACAAGCAAGAGAAAAUCAAGGUUUUUCAGUCCUGUCUUAUUGUUGGAUUGGUUUUAAUUUGUUUUCUGGGGGAAUUACAUGUUGUUUUAAAUGUAACUUGUAAUACGAGGCGUUGCAAAGCACACAGAGUUUGACAGCACUGAGAUUUGUAGCAUACUUCAUAUGUCUCCACAGGGGUGAAAAGGUUUACAUUUACUGUAUGAAAAUCUGUAAAUAUUUGGUUGCACAGCUGGCCUACUUUAGGUCUGUAAGAAGGGUGAUGAAGACAAGAGAAAUGGUUGGGAACGACACAAUUUUAACUGCAUAUAAACAUCUAUUUAACCAAAUAAAAUCUAAGAAAUGCCAAUGUUGUAAUAUUUAACCCGAGCUUUGAUGCACAGUUUUUGAAAAUGUAUCUCCUUCAGCCUCAGAGCCUAAAAAAGGUUAGGUCCAAAUCUGAGGAUUCUCCAUCCUAGUGGUUCAUUUAGGAGGUCAUUUCUCUUCGGGAGGUUAAGAUAAGAAAAGAUAAGAAGAACUUUAUUGACCCACGAAGGGAAAUUCAGUAUUUGUGUAGUAUUUGUGAACUUUUUACCUUGCUCUACUUUUGAAUCUUUCAAAAGAAAAUGGUAAUGGUCAAUAUGAAACAGUUUCUUGACUCUUUCUACAAAGUUUCUUUUAGUUUUUUUUCCCCCUCCAACACAUAUUGGUGCCAGCUAGCUCUUGAUGUCUGCCCACAGUGGUGCGAGGCCAUCUCCUUGUGCAGCAGAGGCAGAUUGCUUUUUCAUCUGUCUCUUCUCCUUGAUUAGCCUGUUGAUCUCUCGCUGCCUCCUGGACUUGUCUGGCACUGGUAAUGCCGACCGCUUUCGUUUUGCUCACGUCAAGCGCUCCAAUCCAAUUAGCCAACAAUUGCAUGAAUUCAAAGCACCUCAAGUGUUACAAGGUUGUUGUUUUGUAAAGCGGACUCUGAUGCUGCAGUCCUGUGUUGCUCUUAAAAACAAGCGUAUUUGAUCUGUUUGGAGGGUGUAGGCAGAGAAUUGUUUCAAAAAAAGUCAGAUGAGUACUUUUCAAUCUGUUUCAACAAGUUACCAUGACAGAGGCCAAUUUUUAAAAGUCUGCAGUGUAUCGCUUUUCAUGCCCUUAUUUACCAAAACCUGCAACAUCUGAUACAGUUCGUGAUCACCGAGGUACCCUCAGGGUGAGAGGUGAAAUUGUAGCCGUUAUGCAGCCAGUAUAUCGAUCGUAUCUGUUUCCUUCAGAUGCACACGACACAGAUGACUGAAAUUCAGGCUGAAAUGCCUCCUGUGCAGAAACUGUGUCAGGUACUUUCCUCACCUGACUCAGGUGUUGUGUUGGUGAGUCAACCUGCCAAUCCAGACCUGCACUGAACUCGACUCUUAUUUUGCUCCAUCUGCUUUGAACGUCUGAGCAAUUUAGCAUGCCAAAACAUUUUACUGCAAAAAUCUGUGUCCUCCAUUGCACUUUUGUACUUUCACAUGAACCUCUCAGAAGCCAUGCAAAGUUCAUCCUUCAGUCUACUUUUUAAAAUCUGCAGACACGAUGGAUUUUUAUUAAAAUAACUUUUUGUUCUCGUAGAAAGGCAAACAGUGCGUGUGAUGAUUUUUGCUUUUUCUUUGUCACUGAUAAAAGUUAAGACAGAUCCAAAGGUUUGUUUGGGAUCUUUGGGAUUUUCAGACAAAAGAGGAAAUUUGGAGACACCCUUUGAGGCUCUUAGAAAUAGUAAUGAACUCAGUUUACACAAUUGUCUGUUCUCUAGUAUAAAGGUAAAAGAACAAGAUGUCCAGAUAGCUAGAGGAUGAACUUUUACCACACAUCAUCACCAGUUGCAGAUUUAAUUGGGUAUAAAAUCUCUUCAGAUGAUGAAUAUUUGUGACAACCGUCUCCAGCUCUGCAGAUCCACACAGCUGCUCCAUCUGCAGGCUCUAAUUAGAGUGACGUGCGCUGGAAAGCCAGGAUUACACACUGCAGACUGUUGCAAAUUAACCUCAAAGACCAACCACAGAAACCAAUGUGCACAUCAGACUUAUUGGUUAUGAUUAUUUAUGAUCCACAGGCAUAUUGGAGACACAUUAAAAACAGAGCCAUCCAAAAACCAUAAGCCUACUUACACUAACUCCUCCUCCAAUAACCCGAGCAGGACCGUUUGUUUUCCUGAAGGCUUUCCUGGUUUUUUGCAUGUUUAAAAAAAGGCUGAGCAUAAAAAGUUUUUUAUGUUUUGGAAAAAUUUUAAUUUGACACAGAAUCUGUAAAAACACUAAUAAUACUUUGACUUUGACUUCGCAUGCAGACAGCUAAAAAUAUCUUGUUAUUGUGAUUAUUGCUAUAAACCACAUGACUUGUAUCUGUGCUGAAAACCAAAAGUCCAGCUGAUGGCAACGAUUGGUGUUUUGAGGAAAUAAUUGAAUCUCAUAAAUAUUCAGCUUUGUUACACGAGAGUAUUUCUCUCAGCGUACACAACUUAGUUAAGUUGUGGUAUAAAUAUGGGGCUUUAUUCUUUAUAAUGUAGAUAUAAAAAGGCGUUUGCUGACGUUGUUCUGAGCUUUACACAACUAUAUCAGUGUCCUGCCGUCCCUGAUCCAACUUUUUCUCAAUGCAUUGCUGGAAACUGAAAUGACUACAUAUCUUUCAUAAAUCACUGAAAUGUUUCUGCUUCAAAAGUUGAUAUGUUGACUUUGUACUAUUUUCAAUCAAUUAUGGACUGUGAAUGUAAAUGUGGGAUGUAAACCACCAAACUUGUGUUGUAUGUUGUUUUUGAGACAUGCUGAUACUACAUGGUGAAAGUUCAGUCUGUGAAACAUUAAAUCAAUUUGUAUUUUUUGACUCUUAAGUGGUUUUGAAAUGUUAAUAGUAAAUAUGUUAGCCCCAAUAACACCUGAUCGGCCUAAACAUUUACAGAAAUUUACUCCCAUUUACACUGAUGUCAUUGUUAGCAUUACAAAUUAUCUGCUUAAUUAAAUAGAUAAAAGUAUUUAUGUGUUUAUAUUAAUAACAUUUUAACCCCCUUCUUUCUCUGUGUCUGCAGUGGUGAUCAUGUGCAUGCCUGCAGACAAAAUCCGAGAGAUCAUGCUGGCUGCACACAGACGACGGCUGACCAAUGGAAACCACAUGUUUUUUAAUGUUGAACUCUUCAACGCCUCUUCUUAUGGUACGGAAAGCAUGACCUUAUUUUUUAAACUCUUUGUCUUUAUAUUGUGAGGUUGGUAUAUAUUUGGACAGUCCUACUUUUUCAGCUACUUUGCGUGUAUACAUGGUUGAUUAUAAAAAUUACUGUCUAUGACUUUUAGGAUAUGAGGGUGUAAAGAAGCAUUUAUUGAUUACUUUACAUUUGAAUUAUGCAGUAAUAAUAAUUCUAUUGCUGUGGUUUUCUGCUAAAAGAAUUUUUGAGGGGUAAACCGGAGUCAAGGGUAGGCUGACUGAAAUUAGGCACAAACAAAAAUGAAACCAACUGAUCCAACUGCUCUUUUUGUAGGAAAUGGCUCAUGGAAAAAAGGUGACAAACACGAUAACGAUGCGAAAGAAGCCUACGCCUCUCUGAACACUGUGACUCUGCUGAGGACGGUCAAGCCCGAGUUUGAAAACUUCUCCCUGGAAAUGAAAAAGUCUAUCAAAAAAUCAGGAUUCCUGGAUUGCAACGACUGUGGAAGCGUAAGUAUGUGUGCCUGUCCAAUACAUGAUUUACACAUGACUGGUCCUCAUCAUGAGGACAAUGCUAUUUACCUUUGGUCUUUAACUACCAAAACCCGACCACACCAACUUUAAGUCCAAGUGGAGGUUAAUGAGACAUCUGAUCAUCUCAGGGAAUUCAAUCAGCAGUGCAGCUAUUAUUAUUCUACAUCUACAUACAAAUCAUGCAUGCACACUGCUGCUUUCUUACUUUUAGGUUUGCAACAAUUCAACUAACAUUCGCUUUGUAAUUUUUUUUAUUUCCUCGUGUAGUCCGGGUUAAUCAAAGUGAGAACAUGUCAGGCAAAAUGUGUAAAACUCACAAAGAGAGUGAUCUUCGUGCACAUAGUGAACUACAACAACAUCCUUAUGUCUUACCUUCUGAAACAUCCCCCAGGGGAACUAUCAUGUCACUUCCAUAUUCUUUAUGAACUGAUACUAAACUCUAAGAGAUAAACAAAGAAAUCUAGACUUAGACUUAAACUUUCUUUAUUUGUCAUUGCUCAGAAUAAAAAACAGCAGUGAUUUCUCUCUGCAAUGAAAUGUUGUUGCUUGGCUUCCAUGUCAGAGCAUGAUGGUGUUUGAUUUAAUAUACAGAAAAAAUAAAAACUAAGGGUAAAAUAGCAGCAUGGUGAGUAAUAUUGCACUUUCUGAAGGUAACCAAAUAAUGAACCAAAUAAAUAAAAGUAUAUAUAAAAAGACAUACGUUCUUAAUGACACAUAAGAAAUAGUAAAAACAGGAACACAGUGCAGCAGGGUGGGAGGUGGGGGUUAUAUGGAGGGUCAUUUGGCAACUAAUUAAAGAAAAGAAUGAAUUGGAAUAAAACAUCAGCCAAGAAAAGGAAGAACAGACAAUAUAGUUCAAGAUAGUUUUUUUGUUUUUGUUUUGUUUUUUGAGACCUUUGUUAAAUUUCGUUAAGUAAAUACAUUAUGUAGAUUAACGGGUAAGUGAUAACAAUGGUUCAGACCUGGAAACUGGUCUGUAAAUUGACAUAGCAUGGCCAUGAGGGCAGCAGUGAGGGAUCUGGUUCAGCGCUUGUGAACUUGACUAUUUUAAUAUAUUAUGAAAUCUUUCAGAAUUACAAGAAUAUGAAUCUAUGAGAUUCAACAUUGUUGGAACAUAAGAUUUGAGCUGGUAAAUGGUCUGAGAAAGGUCUAAAUGUUUGCUGUGGUUUUUGUUUAGUUGGAUUUUAACCCCUUCAUGUUCGAUUUCAGGUCAACAUGUUUGUGGAAGGGUUCCAUGAUGCCAUGCUGCUGUACGCCAUCGCCCUGCACGAAGCCAUGAAAAACGGAUUCAGUAAGAAGAAUGGGUCUGAGAUCACCUCUCACAUGUGGAACAGAACUUUUGAAGGUAAAGCUCACCUGUUGCAAGCUCUCAAGUAACCUUUCAAAUCCUAAUUUUUGGUAUUCAGUCCAAGUACAUCAGCUUUGCUGUCCAUUAGCACUAAUACGACUAAUCUGGUUGUAUGCAGCCAACCAAUAAAAGUAAUGCAUCAACUUAUAACACAUCCUUGUUAAUCAAAUGAAAAUCCUAGUCCUUUAAACUUAACUCAAGAGUACACAUAAACAAUGAACAUAAAAACAAGCUUCAUACGUUAAAAUGACUAAUAAACCAUCCAAAAACAUUGUUAUAGUUUGACUGUGACUAUCACGGAACUAAUAUGAUAUUCUUACUAUUAUGAUGGUGUUACAGGGAUUGCUGGUCAGGUAUCCAUUGAUGCCAGUGGUGACAGAAAUGGAGAUUUCUCUCUGAUGGCCAUGACCAAUGCUGAAGCAGGAACCUAUGAGGUAAGAGGAAGUCAAAGUCAAACUCUGCGAUGAUCCAUUUUUAAAACCCUUACCUGACAGGGAGAAGGAGAAAGAGCUUGUUGGAUUUGAUAGAAAAAUAUUUUAAUUUAUUUUUUAAUCAGGUUGUAGCAAACUACUUUGGAGCAAACGGGACUUUUCAGCUGCUUCCUGCUUUCAACGCCGACCAUUUCACUUUGAAAGGAAGACAUAAAACCCACGAAGAGACACCUGACAAGUCAUGUAAGUGAUCACUUAAGUUCACUGCAGACUCUGAAGCAUAAAUUUGGAAAUCUUUAGUUAUCUUAAUCACCAAUAACAGAGUAUGUGUGUUGUUUUCCAUAUCUUUUCUUCCAAACAGGUGGACUGGGAGUAUCUGCUUUGACGGGUGUCAUAGUGGGGGCUGUUCUGGGAACUGCAAUGCUUAUAGGGUUCUACUUUUUCAGGUAAAUGUCUGAGAUAUUUAUUCUCUCAAUUUAACUAACUUGUAGCUCUGUCCGAUAAUGUGUAGUAUGCAGUCCUGAGAAGUCUUCCUAAAAUGAUCUGGACUCUUUUACUGCAAGGCCACUCUAUGGUAACACAUGUCAAAUGUGUCUUGGUAUUGUCUUGCUGAAAUAGUCAGGGAUGUCCCUGAAAAAGACAUGGCUUGGCAGCGUAUGUUACAAAACCUGUAUGUACCUUUCAGCAUAAAUGGAAUCUUCAUAGAUGAGACAGUUAACCAUUUCAUGGGCACUUACAUACCCCAGACCGUCACAGAUGCUGAGAAUUAUCUGGAUGGUCCUUUUCCUCUCUAGCCCAGAGGACACAACAUCCAUGAUUUCCAAAAACAGUUUGAAAUAAUGACCACAUUUGGGUGUUGUUGAUAUCUGGCUUCAUCUUUGCAUGGUAAAGUUUGAACUUGCACCAAAGGAUGGAGAGACAAACUGUGUGAACUGAUAAUGGCUUUCUGCAGUGUUCCUGAGUCUACAUGGUAAUACAUGUUAAUGCAGUGCCGUCCGAGGGUUUAAAGGUCACAGGAGGUCAAUGUAGGUUUUUCCGCCUUCUUGCUCACGUGCAGAGAUUUUUCCAGAGUAUCUGAAUCUUUUGAUGACAUUAUGGACUGGAGCUUAUCAAAUCUCUAAAUUCCCGCAAUUGUACGCUACAGUUUCUCUUAAACAGUUGGACUUUUUGUUCACGCAGUUGCUCACAAAGUGGUAAACCUCACCCCAUCCUUGCUUGUGAACCACCGAGUCUUUCGGGGAUGCUCCUUUUAAAACCAAUUAUGACCCUCACCUGUUUCCAAUGAAUCUGCUCACAAGUGAAAUGAUCCUUUUUCCCGGUCUUUUGUUGUUCCUGUCCCAACUUUUUGAAACAUGUUGCAGGCUUAAACUUAAAAAUGAGUGAAUAUUUGUAAAAAUCUAUAAACAAAAUAAGUUUAUCAGCCUGAACAUUACAUAUCUUGUCUUACACAACUUCCCAACUCCAUUAGAAUUGGGGUUUGUAUCUCCUAUUGUGAUUAAAAAAAUAAAGCUUUAACUAUGCACCAAAAUAUUGGCUAAAUAUAGGAGUGUGAAAAGUAGGUACAUAGAAACUCUAAAAUAAUUUAAAUGGAAUAAAAUAAUUCAGUUUGACGGUCACUGUUGCAGAGUUUACUGUUGACUUUCAUUGAUUUUGGAGGGAAGAUGAUAAAUACAACAUUAAUUUUAAUGUUUAUCCCUUUGCAGAAAAAACUACAGGAUUACCAUCGAGCGCCGCACAAAUACUGAAGAAUGUGACACUGGGAAGCACCGUCAGUUACGAGAGGACUCCAUCAGGUCGAACCUGUCGGCAGCGUAACUGUCAACAGCGACCGUCUCUGUUUGUCACAGGGAAACACACGUCUGAAUGUGACCAAAGACUUUACAGUGGUUAUCAGUGGAACCAUGCUUGCUGUUCAAAAUUAGUCAUGUUGUGUUUGUAUCCUUUUAUUGUUUGACUUCUUGUAACUCAGGACAGUUGUGACAGUCACAGAGCACCACUUGGAUUUUCCUCCAUGAAAAGUAUAUGAUUGUAUCGGUGUGAGUGUGUAGAGCUUUGGCCAUCAUAUUCUUUAAGACUGUUUCAGAGAAUUUGUUCAACUUUUUAAAAAUAGUCACAAAGCUUUUCCUAUGACUGUGAAUAACUCAGAACAGACCAUUUUUCGAAUAUUACAUCGGCAUGCACUAUUUGGAUAAAUGAGGUCUCUUUUCAGGUUGAAGACACACUCACAGGCCUCAUAUUUUUAAUGUCAGAGCAUAACUAUGAAAGGAAAUAUUCAGCUGGAACUAACCAAGAGAGGAGAGAUAAAUGUCUGAUCUUCAUCCAAAGGCUAUAAGCUACUGAUAUUAAAGGGACAGUUGGGAUUUUUUAGUGGACUUGUACGAGGUUCUUACCAAUAGUUGGUAAUGUCCAGUAGACAAUGGCGCUCAACAUGCCGCCAACUGGAGACAGACUGCUGGGGUGUAAGCUAGGUUAUUUGUAGCUGUGAAAUAGAUUGGCAUAGGGGAGAAAAACAAGCUUUAACUCUGGAAAUUUUCGAGAAAUCCCACAAAAGUUUUGUGAGAUCUUUUUUGGUCAUUUCAUUCAGCUUACUUCACUAUCAAACGUGCUUAAACCAUGUGAUCUGACCAUGAAAUAACAUUCACUGGAGCAGAUAUUGAUCUCAUUAAGCUAUUAUCCACAGCAGCACAUGACUUAGCUUUCAUGUCAGUAUCUAUGUCUGUUUCUACAAACGAGGUUAUCCUGAAGGUAACCCUAACCUCAUACGAUUCUCCUUGAAGCGUCUGAACUGUUCCUUUAAGCUGCUGAUAUUGCAAGGUUUUAAGCUCACUCUAGCCUUGUUGAAAAUCAGCAGCCUCCAUAAACACAUUGUUUCAAACUCAGCACUUUGCUCCCGAACUGAGAAACACUGGGUCACAUAUCAUCCUCAAAGUACAUCUUUUCUUUGCCUUUAGAUUGACCGUUUUAUGGGAUUUUAUUCUACAUUUGUCUAUUUAAUUAUCACAUCAUAACCUGCAUUAAAACAGUUCUUCAAUUUUCUGUGAAGGCACACCUUACAAAUCACACCAUAUUGUUGUUUUUUCGAAAUGUAGGCAAUGUCCACACCCAAAUAAAUAUUUUUCACUCUUAAAUAAAGGGUUUUUAUGAAUAUUUCUCUAUAACCGUAAUAAUGGCUAAAUGGCCGAAAACAACCAUAUAAGCAUGCCAGACAAAUAGGUGGUAGGUCAACUUACAGGUCCU